AUGGAGCUGAGGGUGAGAUGGCUCGUCGCCGCGCUCCUGCUGGCGGCGGUCACCGCGUGCGACGCGGCGCGGCAUCAUCCGGAACACUUCGGCAGCGGCACCUCCGCAGCCGCGGGGAUCGGCAGGUCGUCGCAUUUCCCGGCGCGGGCGCCGCCGAUCGAGAUCGCCCCCAAGGACGGCGACGUCGACGGCGUGGUCAUAUUCGUGCACGGCCUGGGCGGCUCGCCCGAUAAGUACACGUGGCUCGCGAACGACCCGAACGUGUGGUACGGGCGCCCCGGCAUCAAGUGGAUCUUCCCGUGGUCCCCCGAACUCGACGUCACCGUGACCAAGCAGCGCGAGCCCGCGUGGUACGACAUGAACGACUUCAACAUCGGCAGCCUGACGGACGACCGGUCGCACAUCCUCGCCGCGGCGAGGUACAUCGAGAGCAUCAUCGACGCGCAGGUCAAUGAGCACGGCAUCGACCCGAGGCGCAUCGUCGUCGGGGGAUUCAGCCAAGGGGGCGCCGUCGCGCUCACCGCGUCGCUGCGAUAUCCGAAGCGACUCGGCGGCAUCCUCGCGCUGUCAACGUACCUGCCCCUGAGAGGUGAUUACCCAGAGGAGAUGAACGCGCACCAGCGGUGGACGCCGCUGUUCCAGGCGCACGGCAAGGACGACCGGGUGCUCCCGAUGGAGUACUACUUCGCCACUCGCGCCAAGCUGAGCAAGUUGGGCUUCCGUAAUCGGUGGGACUACCUCUACCCCGGACUGGGGCACGACAAGUGCCGGGAGGAGACGCUGGAUAUGUACACGUUUCUGGACGACGUCUUCGGAGACAAGUACGACGAUCUGGACGAGGGGAACUGGGCCGGCGGGCCGGUCGACCUGGGCCUGGUGGAGACGAAGAAGGAGACAAAGGAGGAGACGAAGAAGGAGGAGACUAACAUCAAGGCGGCAAAGGCGCGCGGGAAGGAGGCCAAGCUGCCGGUGGUUCAGCGGGGCGGGGCGUGGAACGAUCCGAAGCAGCAGGUUCAGCGACGGCUGCGGGACAUGGUGUUCAGGGCCAACGCGCUGUUGGGGCGUGAGCGGGAGGCGUUGGAAGCGGCCGAGAGGCCUCGACCCUCGUUUUAUUGA